AUGUCUUGGUUUCAGAAGACUUUCACGUUGCCGCCAAAGGCGAGGGGCUCAUAUUUGAUUACAGAAGAGGUCGUCUCAGCACUACCGGAGCUGAAGAACUACAAGGUCGGCAUUGUGCAUUUGUUCGUCCAGCAUACUUCGUGCGGUCUGAGCUUGAAUGAGAACUGGGACAGUGAUGUGCGGGUAGACAUGUCAGAUGCACUCGAUCGGAUAGUGCCAGAAGAUAAGAAAGGCAACCUGUAUCGACACAGCUGUGAGGGUCCAGACGAUAUGCCAGCCCACGUCAAAUCAGCUCUUGUCGGGGCCAGCGUGACAGUGCCAAUAAGUAACGGGAAACUUGCGCUAGGGACAUGGCAAGGUGUGUGGUAUCUUGAAUUCAGAGCGGCUCGACAUACGAGGAAGGUAGUCGCAACGAUACAGGGCGAGAAGAUGUGA